CAGUUCUACGAUGCAACGAACGACACUGUGGUAGUUUUACGAAGCAUUUUCCAAAAACUAGAUUGUAAAUUAUAUUCCCACUAUGCAUUAGAGUCUGUAACCAGUAGCUAAGAGCUGGCUAGCACGCGCUGCACACUUGUGCAGUCGAAGAUGUUGCUUGGGGAGAUUGUGGUGUUGAAUUUAAUGUGAAGCUUCGACGAGACGGAACAUUAAAAUAGCUUGACCUUCUUCUUCAAGAUUCCUGACCAUAUGUGAUGGUUAAUUUUGGCCUUUGUACAACUUGAUUUAGUCGGAAAGUACGGGCGUUAGCGCAGAAGGUUCAUCUGUAAUGAAUGAUAUGGCUGUAUGCCUCUUGAUAGAUGAUUAAUUUUUUCGGAAAUUUUUUUCGUUUCCUGUUAAUUUCCUGACACAAGAGCUGAGCGUGGUCCUGUGGAAUCCCAAAGCACCGUUUCCUGUAUGUAAAGGGCAUCCUAAAUAAGGGCAUUUAAAAUGGUCCAUGGCAAACAAACCCGAGUUCUCCUUCUCAAUGACAUGGAGAAGCUCGAGAGGACUCUCUUUCGACUGGAGCAAGGCUAUGAGCUCCAGUUCCGCCUAGGUCCUACUCUACAGGGAAAGAAUGUGCAUGUGCACAUCAAUUACCCAGCCCCAGGAGAGAAGUUUGACCGCCACAGGUUCCGUGCUUUAGAAUGGAUAAACCCCACUGGAAGAGAGGACGACUCUGACAAGUACUGUAAACUGGAGCUGAAGGCUGCAGGGUCAUAUCAGUAUUAUUUUGGCUGUGGAAACGAAGAGAAAAGUGGCGGUGGAUACAUUGUGGUGGAUCCAGUUCUACGUGUGGGUGCUGAUAACCAUGUUCUCCCUCUGGAUUGUAUCAGCAUUCAAACCUACCUGGCCAAGUGUCUCGGGCCCUUGGACGAGUGGCCAGACAGACUUAGAGUGGCCAAGGAGUCUGGGUAUAACAUGAUUCACUUCACACCCCUGCAGAUGUUAGGCCUGUCUCGUUCAUGCUACUCUCUGGCCGAUCAGUUGGAGCUGAACCCAGACUUCUCCCUCCCUGGGCAGAAACGCACCUGGGCAGAUGUGGGAAAACUGGUGGAAAAACUCAAGAAGGAGUGGAAUGUGGCUUGCAUUACAGAUGUGGUUUAUAAUCACACAGCUGCCAACAGUAAGUGGAUUCGGGAGCACCCUGAGUGUGGGUACAACCUUGUGAACUCCCCUCACCUGAAGCCUGCCUGGGUGCUGGACAGGGCCAUAUGGCACCUCACGUGUGAUGUCGCCGACGGGAAGUGCAAGGAUCGCGGGCUUCCCGCCCUCAUUCAGAACGAGCAGCAUCUGAACUCAAUCCGAGGAAUCCUCUGGCAGGAUAUCUACCCCAGCAUUAAGCUGUGGGAAUUCUUCCAAGUCAAUGUGGACAAAACCGUGGAGCAGUUUAAGAAACUGCUUGAGAGUGGCAGCAAAGUGGUCAAGACCGGGGAAAAGCAACAUCUGCGGAUUAUCCAGGACCCACAGUACAGACGCUUCGGCUGCACCGUGGAUAUGAACACAGCCCUGGAGACUUUCAUUCCAAAUGGCAACAGCCCCUCAGCUAUUCAGGAAUGUUGCAACUGGCUGAGGAGAAGGCUGGAGGAGCUGAAUGGUGCAUGGUACAAAGAGAUGCAUUACCACCAGGAGCAGGCUGUAAACUGCAUUGUGGGAACUGUUGUUUAUGAGCGCCUUGCUGACCAUGGGCCCAAGCUGGGCCCGAUCACCCGGAAAGAUCCUUUGGUAACAAGGUAUUUCACCUUCCCCUUUGAAGAGAUGACUCUAGACCAGGACCUGCAGCUGAUGCACAAGCCAGAGAAGUCCUGUCACUUCCUGGCCCACAAUGGCUGGGUGAUGGGGGACGACCCCCUAAGGAACUUUGCAGAACCAGGGUCCAAUGUCUACCUCAGGAGGGAGCUGAUUUGCUGGGGGGACAGUGUCAAACUUCGCUAUGGCAACAAACCCGAGGAUUGCCCCUACCUGUGGGCCCAUAUGAAGAAGUACACUGAGCUCACGGCCAAGCACUUCUGUGGAGUGCGUUUGGACAACUGUCAUUCCACCCCUCUCCAUGUGGCUGAGUACAUGCUGGAUACGGCCCGCGAGCUGCGGCCUGAUCUGUAUGUAGUGGCUGAACUGUUCACAGGAAACGAGGAACUGGACAAUGUCUUUGUGACUAGGCUUGGCAUAACUUCUCUCAUCAGAGAGGCUAUGAGCGCGCACGAUAGCCACGAGGAGGGCAGGUUGGUGUACCGUUUCGGAGGCGAGCCCGUGGGAGCCUUCCUCCAGCCCAGUCUCAGGCCUUUGGUGCCUGCUAUAGCUCAUGCCAUGUUUCUGGAUAUUACCCAUGACAAUGAAUGCCCCAUUCAGGUCCGCUCAGCAUACGACUGCCUCCCCAGUGCUGCUAUAGUCUCCAUGGCCUGCUGUGCCACUGGCAGCACCAGAGGCUACGAUGAGCUUGUUCCUCACCAGGUCUCAGUGGUGAGAGAGGAGCGCUUCUACCCCAAAUGGAACCCCCAGGCGAAGCCCUCGUCGCCAGGGGAGGUGAACCAGCAGAGCGGCGUCAUAGCCGGGAAACUGGCCCUCAACCGCCUGCACCAGGAGCUGGCAGCCAAGGGCUUCAUCCAGGUGUAUGUGGAUCAGGUUGACGAGGAUAUUGUCGCUGUGACCAGACACUGCCCCAGCACCCACCAGUCUGUGGUGACGGUGUCCCGCACUGCCUUCCAAAGCCCAAAGAUUCAUCACUACAGGGAUGACGUGCCGCCGAUGUUUAUCCCAGGUCAAAUUGAGGAGGUGGUGCUAGAGGCGAGGACUGUCGAAAGGCCUGGCGUGUCAUACAAGAAAGACGAGAAGAGCAUUAAUGGCUUGCCUGAGUAUACAGUCGAGAUUAGAGAACACAUUCAGCUGAAAGACAGCAAGAUUGUGAAGCAAGCAGAGGUGACGUCGAAGGGGCGCAGCGAGUUCGUGCAGGAGAUUGUGUUUGAGCGCCUGACUCCCGGGAGUGUGAUCGCCUUCAGGGUGAACUUGGACCCCAAAUCCCAGGAGAUGGUUGGUGUGCUCCGAAGCCAUCUCAUCCAGUUCAGUCCUCAUUACAAAUCUGGCAGCCUGCCCGAUGAGAAAGCUCCAGCCAUACUCAAAAUGCCAUUUGCCUCUAUUGUUUCCAAGCUGAACUUGGCUGAUAUGAACAUGCUGCUGUUCCGCUGUGAUGCUGAGGAAAAAGAAGACGGUGGAGGAUGUUACAAUAUUCCAUCUUGGAUGUCUCUGAAAUAUGGUGGCCUGCAAGGUAUAAUGUCAGUGAUGGCGGACGUCCGUCCCAAAAACGACUUGGGGCACCCCUUCUGUGACAAUCUGAGGCAAGGGGACUGGAUGAUCGACUAUGUGAGCAACCGUUUGGCGUCCCGCGGAGGUGCUCUGGGAGAGGUGGGAAAGUGGUUCCAGGCCAUGUUCGGCUACCUCAAGCAUGUCCCACGCUACCUGGUCCCUUGCUACUUCGAUGCCAUCAUGGUUGGGGCGUACACAUGUGCUUUGGAUGCUACUUUCCAAUUGAUGUCAAGUUUCGUGCAGAACGGCUCCACCUUCGUGAAACUGCUGGCACUGGGCUCGGUGCAGAUGUGUGGAGUCGGCCGCUUCCCCGCCCUGCCCCCCUUGUCCCCUGCCCUUCACGAUGUCCCCUACCGCGUCAGCAGCGUCACCAAGAAGGAAGAGCAGUGCUGCGUGUCCCUGGCUGCGGGUCUCCCCCACUUCUCCUCUGGGAUCUUUCGCUGCUGGGGGCGGGACACAUUCAUCGCCCUUCGUGGCCUCAUGCUGGUCACUGGCCGUCACCUGGAGGCCAGGAACAUCAUCCUGGCCUUCGCUGGCACCCUGAGACAUGGCCUCAUCCCCAACUUGCUGGGUGAGGGCAUCUGUGCCAGGUACAACUGCAGGGAUGCCGUGUGGUGGUGGCUGCAGUGUAUCCAGGACUACUGCAACAUAGUGCCCAAUGGCACCGACAUCCUCCAGUGCCCUGUCUCCAGGAUGUACCCGUCAGACGACUCCAAGCCCCAGCCCGCCGGGACAGUGGACCAGCCCCUCUGUGAUGUCAUCCAGGAGGCCAUGCAGUGCCAUAUGCAGGGAAUUGAAUUCCGGGAGAGGAACGCUGGACCCCAGAUCGACCGCAACAUGAGGGACGAAGGCUUCAGUGUAGUUGCUAAAGUAAGUCCAGACACUGGAUUUGUAUAUGGUGGUAAUCGCUUCAACUGUGGAACCUGGAUGGACAAAAUGGGAGAAAGUGAUAGAGCUCGCAAUCGAGGAAUGCCAGCCACACCCAGGGAUGGCGCAGCAGUGGAGAUUGUGGGCCUCAGUAAGUCCACCGUCCGCUGGCUGGUAGAGCUCCACAAGAAGGGACUCUUCCCCUAUGCUGCUGUCACCAUCUAUAGACGUGGAAAGCAAAUUACCGUAUCCUAUGAAGACUGGAACAGAAAGAUCCAAAACAAUUUUGAGAGGAUGUUCUAUGUGUCACAUGACCUGAAGGACCCCAAUGAGAAACACCCUGAACUGGUCCACAAAAGAGGGAUUUACAAGGACAGUUUUGGGGCCUCUAGUCCCUGGUGCGACUACCAACUCAGGCCCAACUUCACCAUCGCCAUGGUCGUGGCCCCCGAGAUCUUCACAGUGGAGAGGGCCUGGGAGGCCCUAGAGAUUGCAGAGAAGAAGCUACUGGGGCCUCUGGGAAUGAAGACCUUGGACCCAGAUGACAUGGUUUACUGUGGUGUCUAUGAUAAUGCUCUGGAUAAUGACAACUACAACGUAGCUAAAGGCUUCAACUAUCACCAAGGACCGGAAUGGCUUUGGCCUGUUGGUUACUUCCUUCGGGCCAAAAUAUAUUUCGCCAAGAAAAUGGGGAAGGAAAUGUAUGAGAAGACUGUCUACCUGGUGAAGAAUGUCCUCUCUCAACAUUAUGUGCACCUGGAGAGAUCAUCCUGGAAGGGUCUGCCAGAACUGACCAAUGAGAAUGGACAGUACUGCUCCUUCAGCUGUGAAUCCCAAGCAUGGUCUAUUGCCACUAUCCUUGAGGUCCUUCAUGAUCUGUAAAACCUCACUUCAAGAUCAAAUCACGCCACACCCUCCUGCCAGUCUUCCAGCACUGAGUGUCCUUGCAACUGAGUGUUUUUCUUUUAUCCUUUUUUUUCCCCUUCUUUUCUCACAUUUCUGCACUGUCAUGGGUUCUAAAGAAGGUUUGGAGCAUGUUUUGAACCAGUAAAUUCCAGUAUUUGUUGUUUGGAAAGGAUCCGUGGAUUGUUGUGAAUUGAGGCAUGGCCUCGAUAAGGAUCUCAGUACUGUGUUUGACUUCGUCGGAUGGCACGAUACCUUUAGUGGUUUUUACCAAAUCUCUAAAUGUAUCCUAUUAAGAAAUUAUAUUAGCACCUCUGAAAUGUUACCUGUUGGUGUGUGUUUGUCAAUGUGUGUCAGCAAUGCCCUGUGCACUGUAUACUACUGACCUAAGAGUCAUAAAUCUGUAAUUGCAUUAAAAUUACCUAUGAAUGAUAAAGAAAAAUAUAUGUAAUGGCCUGAAAAGAUGCACUAUGCCCUAAAUAUGUAGACCUCACUUAUUUCCCCCUAUUUAAAUGUAAUUGCUAUUUUGUCACUAAUUAGAAUUGCUGCUUUUAAAGUGGUUGUCAAUGUGAUAUUUAUGGUAUAAACAGUCCUGUGAAACAAGUGUCUCCUGCGUUUGAGUCAUCUGAUUUGUGUCUUUGUGAGCUGUGUGAGCUUACACAAAAUUUACAGCAAAUAUGACUCUUGUUCUGCCAACACAGUAAAAAGCCUUAAUCCAGGUGCUCUGUAAAAUCAUGGCAAAUGGUUUUUCUCUGGAUUUACCUAGAUGAUAAAGUCCAAGGGAGAACUUAGCAAAGAGUAAAGAGACAGACCCCUAUGUUAUAGGACCAUGACAUAUAUGUAUGACAGUAGUCACUGAUGGCACAUGAGAUUCAAUAUUCGGCAAUAACGCAUUCUCUCAAUGUUCAUUAUCAGAGUGGUUCAGUGCAUUCAGUGGUUCAAUCAAAGGCCAUUAAUGUUAGUGCAAGCAUCAGAUAUACCAACAAACUGAAGUGGCUAUCCUAGAGCAGUUUAACAAGGUGAUUUCACAGCACUGCACAGUACUAAUUGGGUAAGAAUGUGAUGGUUGCUUACAAAGAUGUCAGAUGCAUUUUUGCAUUAAAAUGUCUUCAAACAUCUAAAUCAUUCACAUUCACAAAGGAGGGAAAAACUUUUACAAGGCAUGUGUCAUAUCUGCCUCAUAUCACAUUAUAAUUGUGUAAAUUGAAGAUAACAAUACCCUGUUUAGGCAGCUCUGUGGUAACUUUAGAAAUAGGCUUUACAUGCUUCAGUGACAAUUGUUUGUGCAUGUGCAUAGCAUACCAACAUACGUCAAUGUCUGACUAUUGCUGAGUCAUUCACACAGAUGUAGGCUUAAAACCUACGCAUUGCAAGUCUUAAGGAUGUGCACCCAUUUCUGAAAUAAGUAGUGUUGUACCUGC